CCACAGAACACGAAUCACGAUUCACGAUCAGUUGAAUGUUGAUUACUGCGGUUGAACUUAGGACUUCAAUUUUCAUCAACAAAAUAUGUGCUACAAACUUUUCUCCAAAGUUCUAAAGUUUGUUUGUAGGUACUUUGCUAAUGAAAACGACUUUUUAAGUUUUUAACAUUGGUUAUUGACUUUGCACAUUUGACAGUGCGUCUAGUAUCUAAACGUAACAUUUCUCAAUUCUCAUUAUUAUGAAGGAAUGAUAAAAAUAUAAGAAUCAUGAAUGACGAAUCACAUGAUUUAGAAGUUUACUACUCAUGCUUACAAAUACAAUAAAAAAUUGAUCACACUUCUGACUUCACUGAAGUUGAUUGAACUGGUUCAGACUUCAGUAAUUUUUAGAUUUUCAGCAAAAGAACACGUUCACAGAGUGACAGAAAACUUUACACGUUAAUCGGCAAUCGCGCCUUCGGAUAAAAUGGAUAGAAUAAUAACCUUAAAUGAAGUUGCAAAACAUAAAAACCAAAGUAGUGUGUGGAUUAUUAUACACGACAGCGUUUAUGAUGUUACAUCAUAUUUAGAAGAGCACCCUGGUGGUUCAGAUGUACUAUUGGAAGUAGCUGGUAAAGAUGGAACUCAAGGUUUUGAAGAUAUAGCACAUAGUGAUGAUGCAAGAGAAUUGCUGAAAAAAUACAAAGUUGGAGUCAUAGAUCCUACUGAAAUACCCACAACCGAGAAACCCAGCAUAAUAGAAUGUUCAAAACUCAAAUGGGCAGUAAUAGCAUUAGCCGGUGCAGUUGUUAUAGGUUUCGCAAUGCACAGAUAUUUGUCUAAAUAGAAGAUGUAAGAAGAAACAUGGGUCCAUUGAAGAUGAAUGCUAACCCAAAAGAGAAGCUAAAUAAUAGAACUCAAACAAAACAAGCGCUUAAAAAUAAUAGGGUCUUACUUCACAUAUGCAUUUUACAAAGUUGGCUAAGUCAAAAUAAACAAUAAUAGCAAUAAAAUGUACUUUUACAAGCACACAACAUAUUUUGUUGUCUAUUUAUAAUUAUAGAACUGUAUCUUGUUUGCAUAUUGUAUAGAUUCUUAAAACUGCUUUUACCCUAUUAUGGGUACUUCCCAGGGUAUAAGUCUGAGUCCUGUGAUAUAAUAGUAUGUUAUAGCUAAUUAUAAAUUAAAUCAAGUUCGAUUUAGCUAUUGUAUAAUGUAGCAGGGCCAUGAUGUUUCAGUACAAAAUUGGAAUGUAAAAUUAUAUUACCGUACGUAAUCGAUACAGAAAUAGGCUCUCGUGUAUUUAUGUCUAAGCUAUUAUUCUCACAGGUUUGCUAAACAUUUCCAAUAGAUAGAUGCCUCAAUAUCUACCUGAUUCGUUGUGAUAUUUUGCAAUAAUAGUUAUGUACGAAUAUUUAUAAAUUUAUUUAUAAUAAACAAAGUAUAACAUG